GUCUGUCUCGCAGACGCUACUUCCUCAGCGGACCUAUCGUACAACGGCGAAUCGGCUCGAGGCUGUGCACACAUGCACACAUGCACAUGCGCACGUACAGACCCGUCUUGCCCCUUGACCUCUCCAUGCCACUUCUCGCAAUGGGGUCAACCGCUCGCCACCUCCCCGUUACCGACGGUGCUAGGCGGUUUAGCGGUACCCUUCAAAUGAUCACAUCACACUCUCUCUCUUCUCUCACUCUCACUCUCGCCUUCACUCUUGAUGCCCUUCUCUCUCUCUCUCAAAACUUUCAUUUCGGCUGA